AUGGUGAGUGGGGCUGCGGAGGCGAAUUCUACCAUGCUUCAGUCUUUGACGGAGGACCACCGGAAGCUCGUCUUCUCCUUCAUUCGCAUGCUUCGCGAGGUAGAUUCGCCCAACCCAGAACGCGUGAGCGCUAUCGUCCAAUUACUUGGUGAAGAGUAUGGCGUCGACCCCGCCGGGGUGGGCGGCUCCCACGACACCGGCGUGAAUCUUAUGGACACCUUUUGCCAGGCGCUGCAGAGUCACAAGUCGGAAGAAGGCGAGCAACAGAAGGAGAAGUUCAAGGCAUUUCUUGACCUUAUUGAAAAGAAAGGGUACUUUGCCGGUGCGGAGCCCGGGACGGAGGAGUAUGCGAACCGCUUGGAGAAGGCGAAAAAGAAGUUUGAGAUGCGAAAUAACCCGUACCAGGGAAUGAGCGCCGAAGAGAUUAAGAACAAGGGCAAUGAAUUAAUGGGCCUGUCAAAGUACAAGGAAGCGAUUGCAUAUUACACCAAAGCCAUUGAGAUGGAACCCGAAAAUCACGUAUUUUUUGCCAACCGCGCUGCUGCACACACCCACUUAAAAGACUAUAACAGUGCGAUUAUUGAUUGCGAACACGCUAUUGCUCUCAGUCCAAAUUACCCGAAAGCGUAUUCUCGUUUGGGCACGGCACUCUUUUACCAGGAGAAGUAUACGCGUGCUGUGGAUGCAUUUGCAAAAGCAUGUGAGCUUGAACCCACAAAUGAGCGGUACAAGGAAGACUUGAAACAGGCGGAGGAGAAAGUCAAACUUGUGGGAUCUGCUCGCACAGGAGCUGCCACCGCGGGGGGCUUUCCCUUAGCGGGAGGGAUGCCUGAUUUUGCACAGAUCUCACAAAUGAUGAAUAAUCCUCAGUUUGUUGAGGCAGCCACACGCAUGAUGCAAAAUCCACAAUUCAGUCAGUUGGUGGCAGGCAUGGCAUCACGCUUUGGCGAUGCGGCAUCGAAUCCGGAAGAGCUUCUUCAAGCCCUUGGAAGUAUGCCCGGGGGUGGGGUAAACAGUGACGGUACGAUACAGACCCCGUUUGGAAGUAUUGAUCGUGAACGUCUUGAGAGACUUCAGGAGGAGGAGGUACGUCAGAAUCCAAGAUUCCGCGCCAUCAUGGAUGAUGUACGGCAAAAUGGAUUUGCUGCCUUCCAGAAAUACAUGGGGAAUCCCGAGGUCAUGGAUUUAAUUGUUCGAUUCCAAAACGCCAUCAUGGAUUCCAGCAACACGGGCUCGUCCUCGGAAUAA